AUGUUCGAAGAAUGGCGUGAGAACUUUAAAAGAGGGAAAUCGGCGGGAGCAAGUGGUAUCGGAACAGGAACAAUGGAUAUCCAGUCAAAAAAAAGCAAUGAAUCUCCACAGGUCAUGAUGACAUUAGGCAAUGAAUACAGUACAUUUGAUGAUGAAUCAGGUGGAUUUGAGCAAGAUCAAUCAUCCGAGUUUUCCGAGAGUAUCAUUCGCCAUGCAUUUAUCAGAAAGGUGUACACCAUUCUGUGUGUUCAGUUGAUGGUCACCAUGGGAAUUAUAUGCGUAUUUCUCUUUGUCCCUAUUCUCAACAGGCAAUGUGUUCAUAGUUACGCUAUGUUUUAUUUCAGUGAUCCUGUGAAAGAAUAUGUAUACUCGAAUCCAUGGGUGUGGUGGGUUGCAUUGGGUAUUACAUUUGCUACUCUGAUCGGCAUGGCUUGCUUCUCCGAUAUUAGAAGAAAAUUUCCCAUCAAUUUUAUCUUUCUUGCCAUCUUUACUAUUUGUGAAGGAACCGUACUAGGUGCCAUCAGUGCUCGCUAUGAUUUCCAAACGGUUCUAAUAGCAGCGGGCAUAGUAGCUACUUUAUGUGAAGGUGUCUUACUCGGCGUUGCAUGCAGUACGUACAAAACGGACACUGUACUGAUAGCUGCAGGUAUCACAGCUGUGGUUGCAUUCGCCUUAACUAUCUUCGCAUUUCAGACUAAGAUUGACUUCACUAUGUUCAGUGGAAUAAUGUUUGUUUUUUUGAUUGUACUGAUCUGCUUUGGCAUCUUGGCUUUGAUAUUCCAGAACCGGAUACUGGAUAUGGUGUAUGCUUCAAUCGGUGCACUGAUAUUUGCUGGGUAUUUGGUAGUCGACACACAGAUGAUGAUGGGUGGCAAACAUAAGUAUGCCUUAUCGACUGAAGAAUACGUCUUUGCUGCGUUGAAUCUCUACUUAGACGUAGUCAAUUUGUUCAUUAUGGUGUUAUUUUUAGUCGGUUUAAUUGGACGUUGA